CAUCCAAUCAGAAGUCGCUGGCUGUUGUAAAUACACGGUCGGUUUUGGGAGCUUGUUGACAAGCAGCAGCAGGAGCGUCAAAGACGAGAAACAGCGGAGAGACAUGACGGUGGAGGCAAGACACAGCGACAUGAGGGGAUCUGCCCCAACAAGCAGCAGCAGCAGACAGGAGGGCCCUGGAGGACUCUGGGACUCUGUGAAGAAAGCAGCGUUUGUCAUCGGAUCUGGAAUCUUAUUCUUGGCUGCAUUUGGCAACUCGCUGACAUGGCAUCUUCAGAGAUUCUGGGGAGCUUCAGGAGAUUUCUGGCAGAAGUUGUGGACCAAAGUGUACUUGGCAUUUGAGGAUCAUGACGCUGCUUUGUUCUUCUUCGGGACAAUGACGUUCCCCACUAUUGCUUUCUGGGGAUUGAACAUUAUGCUGAUGAUGGUGGACAGCACCGGUAAACCCUCCUUUAUCACUCGCUACCGCAUCCAGAUGGACAAGAAUAACCCGGUGGAUCCAGCUAAGCUUCGCCACGCGGUGAAGUCAGUCAUGUUCAACUAUGCGUGUAUCUCCGGGCCCAUGGUUUUGGCAGCUUACUGCCUGAUGAACUUGAGAAGGGACCCAUGUGGCCCAGAGCUACCCACCUUCCACUGGGCCCUGUUGGAGCUGGCUGUGUGUGCUAUCGUGGAGGAAGUUAUGUUUUACUAUUCACACAGACUGUUCCACCAUCCCUCCCUCUAUAAGCAUUACCACAAACAGCACCAUGAGUGGACUGCUCCCAUCGGAGUUGUUGCCAUCUACGCCCAUCCUCUGGAGCAUGUGUUCUCCAACACGCUGCCGGUGAUGGCCGGGCCAAUUAUCCUGGGCUCCCACCUUUCUACCACCACCCUGUGGUACUGCCUGGCUCUGGUCAGCACCUCCAUCUCCCAUUGUGGAUACCACCUCCCCUUCCUGCCCUCCCCGGAGUUCCACGACUUCCACCACCUCAAGUUCAACCAGUGUUUUGGGGUCUUUGGUGUUCUGGAUCGACUCCACGGCACCGACACCAAAUUCAGGCAAACCAAGCAGUAUGAGCGCCACGUCCUGCUCACCAGCCUCACCCCUCUAAAUGAGAGCAUCCCUGAUGAACCCAAAAAGGGCCAAUAAUGACAGUUGCCCUACCCGACAACCCAGACCUUUAACCUCAGGCCUAGGCCUCACCAAGUUUGGAAUCAGUUCCCAAUCAAUUUUACAUAACUAUUAUAUUUUGAUUAUUUGAAUUCAGAAAACCUGCCGAUCAGUUUCAGACUGUGAAAGUGGAUGUGGAUUCUACUGUGAUUAUUUUUUUAUGAUAUCAUCUUCCUGUGACCUGGGAAGGCAAUUUAGCUCAUGGACGGGAAAAGUUCUUAGAAGCCAGUAUCUCUAUGAAAAAUGAAUAUAUGAAAAGUUACCCAUAAUUUAACUUUAACUCUUGAUUUUUUUUAUCAUGACUAACUUUUCCAUUUUGGGCUUCCAUAGUCAUUUGCACUGUCUUGCGUUUGCUUUAUAAUUUCAUGUUUAUUUUCUAGAUGUUAUUUAAAAUUCAGAUCAACUCUUCCACAAGUGGCUUGUUUAUCAGACAGAUCCCUGCUGAGGUAGAUUCAAGAAUUUUGUGGUUGAUGAGAGCGAAAGCAAAUAAUUUCACCUCAGCUCAGCAUUUGGGAGACUUCACUGCACUCGUCCAUCCCCUCCCUUCAUUUAGCCCUUGGCCGAGUUACCUUAACUAAAUGUUGUUUUUCCUCAGCUGUUUAAACAUGAG